GUUUCGGCGUUUCACCGGGUGACCCAGGCGCCCCGAAUCCGUCCGAAAUACCAGCGGUAGGAAAAAGGAGGCGCGCGCCUGGAUAUUGUUGUCAAACAGCUGACAGAUGUGGUGAAAUGGAAACGGCUCUCAACAUCUGCCCGCGAGUCUGUCGGAGCUGAAGGCUCGUGCUGUCUUCUUCUGCUGCGCAACGAGGAGGAUGGUCUUUGCCCUACAUGUGAUUGUCAUGUCGUCGGCGUUUUUCAACCCCAGUUUUGCUUUCAGCUCUCACUUUGACACAGAUGGGGCCCCGCUGAGCGAGCUGUCCUGGCCCUCGUCCCUGGCCGUCGUCGCCGUCUCCUUCUCCGGCCUUUUCACCUUCGUCUUCCUCAUGCUGGCCUGCCUCUGCUGCAAGAAGGGAGACAUCGGCUUCAAGGAGUUCGAAAACACCGAGGGAGAGGAGUACCAGGCGGAUCUCUCCGCCCUGGCCUCGCCGUCCUCCCAGAAUGGCCCCGAGGUUUAUAUCCUUCCCCUCACCGAGGUCUCCCUGCCCGUCUCCAAACAGCCCGGCAGAUCCAUUCAGCUGCUGAAAUCUUCGGACCUUGGCCGCCAUAGCCUGCUGUAUCUAAAGGAGAUUGGACAUGGCUGGUUUGGCAAGGUUCUGCUGGGCGAGGUCAACGCGGGCCUCAGCACCACCCAGGUGGUGGUGAAAGAGCUGAAGGCAAGCGCCAGUGUCCAGGAUCAGAUGCAGUUCCUCGAGGAGGUCCAGCCAUACCGGACUCUCCAGCACCCUGCCCUCCUGCAGUGCUUGGCACAGUGUUCAGAAGUCACUCCGUAUCUGCUGGUCAUGGAGUUUUGCCCUUUGGGUGAUUUGAAAAGUUACUUUCGUACUUGUCGGCUGGCUGACUCUGAGACUCCCGACCCUCUGAUCCUGCAGAGGAUGGCGUGCGACAUCGCCUCAGGCCUCCUGCACCUCCACAAGUACAAUUUCAUCCACAAUGACCUGGCCUUGAGAAACUGUAUGCUAACCUCAGACAUGACGGUUAAGAUCGGAGACUAUGGGCUUUCUCACAGCCGCUACAAGGAUGAUUAUUAUAUUACACAAGACCAGAUAUGGGUGCCGCUGCGCUGGAUCGCACCUGAACUGAUAGACGAGGUCCACGGAAACCUGCUGGUGGUCGACCAAACCAAAAGCAGCAACAUAUGGUCGUUAGGAGUGACUAUGUGGGAGCUGUUUGAGCUGGGAAACCAGCCGUACAGACACUACUCGGACAGACAGGUGUUGACGUAUGCUGUGAAGGAACAGCAGCUCAAGCUCCCCAAACCGCAGCUCCAGUUCCCGCUGGCUGACCGCUGGUAUGAAGUGAUGCAGUUCUGCUGGUUGCAGCCAGAGCUGAGACCCAGCAGCGAGGAAGUCCACCUUCUGGUCACGUACUUAUGCGCUAAAGGCUCCAGCGAAGCUGAGGAAGACUUCGAGCAGCGCUGGAACACCUUGAGACCCAAUUUGCUGGGCAGCACUUCCCACACAGCCACAUCCACGGCCAUCGUCCUCACCCCCACAUCUGCCUCUGCUGAUGUCCCCGUUUCAGACCAAUCCCAGGCAGCGGAGCUGGCCUCCUCUGCCUCCUCCUCCUUCCCUCUCCUGGAGCACUUCUCUGACAGCUUCCACUCCGACACCGGAGACGACCUGCUGACGGUCACAGAGACCAGCCACGGUCUCAACUUUGAGUACAAGUGGGAGCAGGCUCGAGCCGAACAGCCUUACUGCGCCUCCUCCACCAGCGGGCCGCUUGGUCAGGGAAACCCAUAUUACCAGGAUUAUUACUACUCGAGCAAAGGAAGCAGCUCAGGAGGCUGCAAGACUGACAGCCUGACCUCCAGCAUGUCCCCGUCCUAUUACGAACCCGAACACCCGGGCGUGGUCCCGGUGUUGAGUGCACACAGCCCAUCGGUCAGCAGUGAGUACUACAUUCGCAUAGAGGAACCAGUAGAGUGUAACAUUAACUUGGAUGACAGUAUUGUGGACUACAGUCCCGGACUGGAAGCCAGCAACAGCAGGUUGUCCUCUGAGAGUCGAACUGGCGUGUCGCAACCCAGUGCUUAUUGGUCGACUGCUAACCAUACCAAAUCCCCUGCCUAUGACUCUGACUCAAGUCCCACUAUCCAGCUAACCAUGGAGACACUGAAAAGAGAUGCAGCCAGCACCAGUCCUGUAAAGCUAAUCCACACCCCCAGUUGCCCCUCAUCCAAUCACAAAGACUCGAUCUACUGUGGGCAGUCGAUCGCACUCAAGACAUGCCACCAAGCCCAUCUGUCUGAACUCGAAACGUCGCCAGAAACCGUAUCAAACCUCCAUCCUGAGGCGUGGCUGGAAAAUCCUCGCAGUUUGUCACAAGCAGUCAGCAGCCCCAGCUUAGGGUUCUGCGACCCAUACCUUGAAGCAAGCACAGGUCGCAGCACGGUUAAUGAAAGCUGUCACACUGUUGUAGGUCCCUUCAAAAAGACUCUUCCUGUUCUUAAUCAGAUUGCCAUCGAUGUAGGCACAGACGAAGGCCUGCUGCUGGGUCAGAGGCAAACUGGAGAUGGCGAGACGGAGGAGUUCUCUGAGGGCGAGGCCACCAACUGGAUCUCAAACCGCUCGGCAAACAACAAUAGCCUGAGUUUUGACGGCAGGCAUACAGGCAGUGGACAGGACGGCUAUCUAGACAUUCAGUAUGCUGCUCAGUCCAACACGACUGAAGCGUGGUCUCUCACCAAGGCCACCACCAAAACCUUCCACAGUUUCAGGCCUGGUAGCAACUCCAAGGAAGGGGAAGACUCGGGUUGUAAUGCCAUGUGCAAUCCCACCUCUGAAUUAGGCUCAUACAUUCACCUGUGCCACAAAGAAAGCGGAGAAGCUGCUACUCAAGUUUCAGAGGACAUGGCUGUUGGUGAUGAGCAAAGCACAGAUCCUGUCACUGGUGGCUCAGCAAGAAAUACCAAAGGUAAAGAGAGUGAAAAACUUGUAAUGCAACCAUUCCUGAAUGCAGAGAGACUGUAUUCUGAGGUGACACCUGAAUCAGGCUAUGUAAAAGGUCUCAAAGAGCCCCCGACUGACCAAGUAGGAGCCUUGUCAGAUAAACUGAGAGGUAACAACUGGGACAGAGUUUCAGCAGGUUUCCCUUUUGAUUUGAGCACCAAUAAGCUAAAAUAUGCAGAACCCUCGCAGAGCAGCAAAGCGAUGGAGACUGGGGUAGGGGUUCGAAGCUCCAGCACUUGCCUGGUUGAGCUUGGCGACUACAGUGAGGAUGAUGAAGACGACAUGACAGAUAUCACAUCAGGCAUCUUCGCCGACUUCAACCUCGACUACGCCGAGGUAGAGGAGGAAGAACUCAGCCCCCAGAAGAAUCCAGUGGAAAAUAACGACCCCAUAGAUGGCAUUAACCUAUCGUCAUCAAUGUCAAGUUCCUGUGACCAGGCCUUCAGUCCUGAUCCCUUCAACACGCCAAUCCUCCCCAAAUCUCUGGAUAGCGGUUAUGACACAGAGAACAAUGAAUCACCAGAAUUCCUCUUCAAAGAGCUUGGGGAUCCCCUUGGUGGAGAGAGAAGCCCGAGGCUUGGAGGAGACUCUGAACUUGUGCUUCAAGUGGGUUUAGGGCAAGCUGUGUGCACUUCCACGAGCAGCUCGGAGUACCAGCUGAAGGGUCUGACUGACAAAAAUCCAUACAGAGACUCGGCCUAUUUUUCUGACUAUGAUGCUGAAAAUGACAGAAGUCCUCAAGAGGAAAACAGUAAGUUCUUUGUGGGUCCAGCCAGCCGUUACUACCCUACUGAGAAGCCGAGGUCCAUCGGAGAGUAUGAUUCUGCAAAAAGGCAUUCAAACAACGAGGAACCUUUCACAAAUCGGAGACACAAUGAAAGCUGUGUUUUGGUCAACAUCUCCGAGGCCGCUGGCAGUUCACCCAGCUCUUUUGUGAUGCCUGGGCUGUCCAUGCUGUCACCGUUUCCUCCACAGAUGGGUGGGUGUCUGACCAAAGAGUCUGCCCCGGCAGACGAUGACCUCGGGUUGGAGACGGAGCACUCGGGCGACGAGCCGCCCUCAGAGCUCAGCUCCUCCAUCGGGUCUGAUCCGUCCUCCACCGUGCAGGAGGCCUCAGCCAACCAUGAGGAGGGGAGCAGGAAAGAAGACGACUGCUCCUCUGUUCAGUCUUUGCAUUCUGAAUCCACAAUAAGUGAUUACAGAGAUGAGCCACCCAGAGAAAAUGAAAACUGUGACGGAUCCACAGAGGAGGAGGAGCUGCCCGAAUUCAGUAUCGUUAAAGAAGAGUCAGAGGAGAGAACAGAGAGCGCACGGAUAAACGAAGAAGAUUUUGAGGAUAUAGAUGCGGAGGAAUGUGACUCACAAGACAGUUUAUGUGAGGAAUCCAACGGUCCCCUCGAUCUGUCCACUUCCUCGUCUUUGUUGGAGCUUUGUGGAGAAGACGUCAGAGCUCCGCUGGAGGAGGCCGAGGAUGAAGACGACUCCGAUGACAGCGAGUCUGAUGAAGAGCUGAGGACCUACAACAUCCAAGACGAAGACAGCGAGGAGAGCGAGGAGGACUUCACCACAGUGCCAGUCGUGGUGAGUGACUGCAGCCGGGCCAGACACCUCCGUAGCCUUCUGAAGAUGCCGACCCUGCUCACCCAGUCCUUUUGUGACGAGUUGGAGAGGAAGAAGAAAGCCGUGUCCUUUUUCGACGAUGUUACAGUGUUCCUGUUUGAUCAGGAGAGUCCCACAGGGGAGCUGGCAGAUUAUGCCUUCUCCACAGAAGCAGAACCCAACGAACAAGAAUCUUUAGAAGACAAAGCAUCUGAUCACCAGCAGCAACGCGACCCUGAACUCCAAGCUCAGCCCUGUGAAACGAGCUCUGCUUCUGAGGAAACAGAGAGAAACGACCUGGAGGAAGGUGGGACUUAUGAAUGGGAAGAUGACCUUACUUUUGAGAAUAAGACAUGCUCACCAGACAUCAUCCCCGAGCCGGCAUCUCCACCCGCUGAGCCCAACAGCCCCGAGUCUCCCAAACCCACUACUGUAGCACUUAAUCGGUUUAUGGUCUCAAGAUUCUCGAUCACACACGUUUCCGACUCCCACGUGGGCUCAGCAACAGGGAACAGGGAAGAUAACCCAGGAGAAUGAGCGUCCUCCGGCUGUGACCAGGAGACGUGGAUCCCUGGUCCUUUACAACACAGAAAAGCAGCAUUAUUAUAUCUAGAUGUUUUACAGAGUUUUAUUUUUUAUCAACGUUAUGGGCAUCUGAUCCUGGUGACCCUUUAUGAGACAGUGCCUCAUAUUGUAGUGAAAUACCCUGAAUGAUUUGCACACUUGUCUUGUUUUUUCUUUUCUUUUUUCCCCCCCCCCACACAGAAGGAGCAAUAGUUGCAGGGAUGGCACCUUGAUUGUUACAACCUACGAAAGUGGAGACUAUAUCAGAUCAUACUGUUUGCAGAAGUAGGGAGCUUAUUUUUCAACGUGCAGUAUACAUACACCAAAAACAUAUUUGCUCAAUGCAGUCUCGAUUUCUUUGGUGACCUUGCAGGAUUCCUUUUUUUUAUUUUAAAUAUAAUAAAAUUUUAAAAAAAAACACAAAAAAAAACCAAGCAAAAAUGUGAAACGACAGGCUUCAUGGCUGCUCCUCUCAUUGGCUGCCUUCAUCCAUCUGCUUUUUAUUGAACUGGCAUUUUCUGGUAACUUGCGACUGUUACAGCUCUGAUUGCUGGGGACAGAAAACAUAGCGUAAGUUGUCUGUUAGGUAUGAAACUGCAGUGGAUUUCCAAAAUGACUAAUAAAAAAAAAACAAAGAUUCUUUAGCAGUCGUCACAGGUGGUGAAGGUGAAAGUGUCUAAAUUUAAUUUGGCCAUUUGUCCAAGUUGGGUUUAUUGUGGGACUCUGGAAUUCAAUGUGCUGUUAGUGGAAGCAUAUUAUGGGAAAUCAGGGUUUUUCCACUACCUAAUAACCACCACGACUUACUCUGGUUAGCUUGCAGUACAUGUCUAUGGUUACCAAAUCCGAAGCACUUUGUUAAAGCCUCUGUUGCUCCUCAUCUCUUCCUCCUGGAAUGAAAAAGCUCAACAUGUGAGACCCUCUGUGUGCAGAGAGAGAUCUGCUCUUUUCUGUGGCACGUUUUCUUUAAUCUCCGUUCCAUCAGCAAGAGUGAAAGUUUCAACACACGCCAGUGGUUGUCAGUGUCAACAUGCCAAUCAUCAAUGUUGAAUGUCAGUCCUCAUCUUUAUGCAUCUUUUUCUACAUGUAUGUAUUUUGUCCAUCGUCAGAUUAGCAAUGUAUCUAAGACAUUCGUGCUGAAUGACCGGGUUCAAGAUGUAUGAAAACCACCUUCAGAGUAGGACAUAUUUGACAUAAUGUAUGAAUCUUAUAUCAACACGUAGCUGGUAGCUUGACUUGAAUUUGGAUUACUACUGCUGUAUCGACGGCUCCCUCCCCCUCUCGAUCCUUCUGUAGCUCCAAGUGCCAAUUCCGUUUCCUCUCACCUUGCCUUUUAAGUUCUGCAAGACGAGAAGACACUGCUAGUAUUUUUCUACAAGCAUUUAAAAAAAAAAAAAA